CUCAUUUGGUCUGCAAUCCCUCCAUUGAAAACUCAGAAGACGAAAAACAGAAGGAAAACAUCUGUUUUCUUUCCCUUUUGCUUCUUUUCUCCUCUUCUGGUGCGUUAGAGGUAUACCGGGAGAGAGGUAUGGCGCAAAAUCUCCAGAACCAUCGUGCAUGUACAAUUCCAGGAAAAGUCGGCUCAGGAGGGUUAUUUUAUGAACAUUUAUCUAAUUUUUCUGGUUUUGCUCCUCUACCAAGUAUUUGCUUGCAAAUUACAAUACUUUCUCUUGCACCUCAUCUAGUGCACAUCAUAUUGUCACGGUUCCAUCAACCCUUACUUGUUUCUCAAAUCCUGGGAGGUGUACUUGCUAGUCCAUGGAUUCUUGGCUAUCCGCUUUUUAAAAUAAAAAACGGCAGCCCUAUGGGGAUAACACAUUUCGUAUUCGCUGUAGAAGGAUUUCAAGCACUAGACAUGCUUGCUCAAUUCAGUUCCAUGUUUUUUAUGUUUAAAGUUGGAGUUCAAAUGGAUCCCAAAAUAUUAAAGAGAGCUAGGUGGCGAACGUAUAUCAUCGGGUUUUGUUGUAUCCUCUGCUCUUAUAUAUCCGGAGUUCUACUUUCACAUAGAUUCAAAAAUUAUCGUGUACCUGGUUUUGAAGGGUUUCCCACCUCUACGAGAAUUGUAAAUCUAUUCGGCAUGAUUUCUUUCCCUGUUAUCGCUUAUGUACUCAAUGAUCUCACCAUUCUUAACUCUGAACUAGGUAAUUUAGCAGUUCAAAUAGCAAUGGUUGCUGAUUUUCUUCAUAUGAGUGAAAAAUUUACGACCUUAUAUCUCCAUGUAACCGCGGAUGGAAACCCAACACAGGCACUAACUGUUGUGUCACUCUUAUUGGGGACGUUGAUUUAUAUAUAUUUUAUUGUGCGGCCGGCAGGGAUAUGGAUUGUAAAGAAUACACCUGAAGGAAGACCAGUGAAUGAUAUCUACAUUUCCUUAUUAAUGAUUUCAGUUCCACUGUGUGGUCUAGCUAGUGAAUAUUGUGGAUUGAAUGGUACAGUUGGGGCUUUUUUUCUUGGUUUGGCUAUACCUGAUGGUCCACCUUUAGGAUCUGCUCUAGUUGACAAGCUACGCAUUGUUUCUGUAUUCUUCAUGCCUCUUCAUAUGGGUAUCAUCGGAUAUAGGACGGACAUUCAUAAAGUUCAUUUUUCGUAUCUAUGGCGGGUUUUACUGGUCAUCCUCAGUUGUAUCCUUGGAAAGAUUAUCGGGCUUUUCCUCCCAGCUGUGCUUCUUGGAGUGUCUGCACGAGAUAGUUUGCUGCUUGGACUCAUUAUGAACUUUAAAGGCAUUGUCGAGGUUUCCAUACUUAGCACCUGGCUAGAUUUAAAAUAUCAAAGAGAUAUUGUAAUUGCUUCAGAUACAAUAAUGGUUCUCACACUUAUAGUGCUAGUAGCAGUUAUUACACCCGCCGUGAAAUACCUCUACGACCCUUCAUCGAAAUACUUAACCUACAAAGGAAGGUCAAUCUUGCAGUCAAACCAAAACAUAUCAGAUUUUCGUGUACUUGCAUGUGUUCACAGCCAAGAUGACAUUCUAGGCAUUAUUAGACUCCUUGAAGCCACUAACCCUACCAAACUCCACCCCCUCACCGUGUACGUCCUCCAUCUCAUUGAACUCGUGGGUCGUUCUACUCCUCUCUUUAUUGCCCACCCAUUGCGUAAACGUGCUUCCACAUCAAACCCUACCAAAUCGGAAAGGAUAAUCAAUGUUUUCCAACAAUUCCAAAACCGAUACCAGAACCUUGUUACGGUUCAUUCCUUCUCUACCAUCUCUCCGUAUGCUUCAAUGCACAACGAUAUAUGCACUUUGUCAGUUGACAAGAUGACUGCUCUCACAAUCUUCCCAUUCUGCAGGCAAGAUGAUCUUGCAAGACCAGAUAUUUCUAAUCGUUCUAUCAAAACCCUUCUUCAAAAUCUGUUGCGAAGCUCCCCAUGCUCAGUCGGGAUCUUAGUUAAUUGUAAUAAUUACCAAGGACUCUCUGCUCGCUUCCAAGGACAGUCAACUCGCUUCUUGCCUGACAUGCCUUACCGUGUGAUAGUAUUCUUUUUUGGUGGCCCAGAUGAUCGUGAAGCAUUGGCUUUCGCGAUGAACAUGAUUCGUAAUCCAUCAGUUUUCGUUACUCUUGUUAGGUUUCGUGGUCCUGCAAGUUUACCAUCCGACGGAGUUAUUGACUAUUACAAUUAUGUUGAGAGACAUGAGUUUCUUGAUGAUGAAUUGGUAGAUAAUUUUAGGCUUAACGUUAAUGCAAUGUAUGACGCAACUUUGAUAUAUAAAGAAGUAGAGGUGAAAGAUUGUGCGGAAACAGUUUGGGCAAUCCGGUCACUUCACGUAGAUUAUGAUCUAAUGGUCGUAGGAAGGCUACAAAUCACUGAUUCAAAUAUAAUUCCAGGAUUAGCAACGGACUGGGAUGAUUGUGAAGAGCUAGGAGCUAUCGGAAACACAGUAACAUCUCCUGAUUUUGAAGCUGAGAGCUCAAUCUUAAUAAUUCACCAAAGCGUUAGUUAAUCAUGGAAAAAAACUUUACACGCUUAAUGAUCUCCAAUUUUCAGACUCAUGUACACCUUAUUACACGGCAUGCUACACAUCCUACUUACGCCGUGAGAAGAGUAGCCUAGCUACAGAUCAGUUACAUGAGUUCCAUGUUAUGGAUGUGCAGAUUAACUAAUUCAGAAUACUUCAAGAGCGCCACUUAAUCUUCCUCGGAACUUCCCUCGCUACUAUAUUCACUGCUGCUAUCACCCUGGUCGAUAUCAAGUUGUACAAACGGAACUUGUCUUGGCUCGAGACUCUGAACCGGCAGUGAAUGUGGUUGUUGCGCCUCAACUUUACCCCGAACAAAAUCAUCCAAUGCGGGCAAUGGAACAGGAUUCCCUAGUUUCAGUACAUCUGGUUGCAUUACUUGAAAAUCGGUUGGCAGCUCCACUGGCAUCAUUCCAGGGCGCUCACCUGAUGGAACUGUAAGCUGUGGUGGCACUAAACCUUCAACCGCUGCUAAAUCGCCAAGUUUAUUCUUCUCAUUUAUUUGGAUCUUAGGUAAUCCAAUAUCAAGAUCAGCGAAAUUAUACAACUGCGAUGCACGCAUUUGUUCUUCUUGUAGGGCAGGAGGAAGAGCUCCUCUAAGCGGAGCUUUCCCCGCCCCAAAUUCAGGUGGUGCGAAUGUUGUAUAACUAAUAUGAUGAGCAUAUGAUAAUAUAUCAUUCAAUUUCAAUGAAGUAGGAAUACAAGACAUUUCAGUAUCAUCAGAAUUGCGGUGACCUUCGGUUUUCGAUCUUUUAGGUCGAUGAUAAUCAGAGUAAUCAUCAACUAAAAGAUCAAGAACAUGUUCAGCUUCUUUAAGUUUUUUCCCGAAAGCAAGAAUUGCAGCAUCCUUUGUUUUAAUCUCUAAAGUAAUUUUCUGUUUAGCCUCCUGAAGAUGAAGAAUUUCUUGAAGCUCAGCAAGUGAUUCAAAGAGUUGAGUUUGAAGACAGGUGAAUAGGGAGAUGAUUUCCUUAGGAGAAGUAGGAGAAGUUUCAAGUGGAGGUAGGGUUAGGGUUUGAGAAGCUAAGAAACUGGGAACUGAACCACGAAAAGACGUGAACCAUGAUGCUAGAUUUGGGGAAACUUCAAAGAGUUUAGAAGUAAGAGAAGCCAUUUGGAGAAGAAGAGAUUGAGCUCUAGAUAGAGUUGGGUGUAGAGAAAGUAACGAUGUUGAAGAAGUUGUUGUUGUUGCAGGUAAAUUGAUUCUUAAUGGUGAUUAGGGUUUCUUAACCCUAAUCUGGCCGGAGAUUGAUUUUGGAACUUUUUUUUUCUUCGUUCUUUGAGUUGCUAAAGGAGAUGGUGCGAAAACAAAUUUAUUACCGGAAUCUGGUUAUGCUCAGAUCAUCUCACGCUCAUAGAACUUGUUCGAAGAUUUCUUUCAUUGCAUGGUGUCUAAUCUUGUGAAGCUCGUUUUCAGUUAUGUUCGUGCAUGAGAAGAAGUUUGCAAAUAUAGAAUGUAUUAUGAAUAGAAAAGAGACGGAAAAUACAUAGGAAAAGAAGAAAAAGAAUUCUAUUGUGUGGAAUAAAAAGGUUUAUGGUGACUUUGUUUGAAGAAUUCAAGAUUUCCAGGAUUUAUAAGGGAUUACAAAUUCUUGGAUUCAUGUAAAUCUCACUACAAAACAGAAGGCCUCUUGGGACGGCCAAAAAACGUCCCAAGAGGACAAAAAACCGUCCCAAGAGGUAUUAGGGACGGUUUAUGUACCGUCUCCUGUUCCACCGUCACUAAUACUAUUUGGCCAUGUUUUCUUUUUGGGACGGACAUAAUUUAGCCUUGAUUUAAAUAUUUUAUGACUAUUAGGGACGGUCAGGCCAUCACCGUCCCAGCCGUCCCUAGAAGCUACUUUUUUUGUAGUGUCUCCCGUGUGUUUGAUAACUCAUUUAAAAUUCAUAUGAUUCAUAGAAUUAUCUUGUUUUAAA